AAAUACAGGGUUAACAACAGAUGACUACUGAGAUGACUGUAUGUACCAGUCAUUAAAUGUAUUUUGGUCUCAGGCAUUGCCGUUGUGUACUAUACAAGAAGCUCAUCAAAAUGGCAUAUGAUCAAAAUCAAUUUGAAAAAUUAUCAAGACUGAGACUGCUUGAGCACACCAACUAUGUUUUUGUCCAUGCCAUCUGUACAUUUUUUUAAAAUCACGAAUGACGACGAGUCAUGAUUGUUCACCUAUUUACCACCAAAUGACUUUCUUAUAAAUAAUUUCCGACUGGCUUUGUCAACUCCCCACUUCAAACGGACAUACGUCAUUAAGGAUGAACUUCGUAGUGUCACCUGUUGUCACCAGUUGUCAAUGUGCUGGUGCCCCCGUCGCCAAGAAACGAGAUCAGAACUUCAUGUUUUAAAAUCUUUAUUACAUAAAGUAAAAAUAUCAAGAAUGCGUGAUGUAGAAGGUUGAAUCAAGGUUCAUUCGUCACAUGGUAUUUCACGAAGUAUUUGCCAAAAAAUGUAAAUUAUAUAGAAAGCUGGUGAAAGCUGAAAAUGGUGACUGUUACUGUUCGUUUAAUUAGAUCUUUUGAAUACAGGAAUAUGAAAAACAUUGUGUUACAAAAUGUUGAUUUGGAUAUCUCAGUUGACGAUUUUAAGGCAUUGAUAAGUCAAGAAAUUAAGAAGAGUACAUUCUUGCCACCUCCAUUUAAGAACUUUCCCUUUGAUACCUUGAAAAUAGAAUGUAAAGCUCACAGAUUUAAAAAAUUGAAUUUUUUUCUUGCCAUCAAUUGGUCAAUUUAUGAUUUUCAAGAUCAUGAAACUGAAAUAUCCUAUUUCAAAAAUGAUGAUUAUUUGGAUCACAAGAAGAAUAAAAAACUCAAAUGGUGAAAAAUUAGCAGUCAAUAAGCAGAGUAACUUUUGCUCAGACCAUACAUUCGACACUAGACAUUGGUCAACUGGUGGUUGAAUGUAACCAUGGCAACGUUCAGGAAUUAUGCAGGGGUCAGGUGAUGGAUAUGAACUGUUUUGAUGAUCACGAAGCAAUCGUGACCAUGUUGUUUUUAGGCCAUGCACAUUUUAUCAUGAACAAGAAAUCGGAGUUGGGUUUUCUCUUUUGUUGUUUUUGCAUAAAUCUCUAUAAUUAAUUCUUCCGUUCGUCAAUGCGUUGAUGGUAGUGAGAAAUUUUGAAAUUUCCACUAAACUCUUGGGUUUCGAUUAACUAUCAACGACGUCAUCGUGAAUAAAACAGAAAUUUCUGCUUAUUCUGCCCGCUUGUCGCCUGGGAUCUCGUUGAUUACUUUUGUUUGCGUUAUUUUCUAUGAGCCUAUAUAAAAAAAAUCAUUACUUUCUUCAUGUAUGCAACGAAAGUCAAUUUCUAAGCUCAUUUUAAAUAUCAGGACGACGGUCUACCUGUACGUAGAUGGUAAAGAUUACGAAGAAAGGAGUUUGAUUACGACGAUUUGAAAGGGACUUACACUCUGUAACGACAUGACCAGAUUCUCCACAUCCACAACAUACAUUGUAAAACUCAAUAACUUCAAUUGCACCCACUUUGUCAUCUUGUCUUCAAUCAAAGAAAGAUAUAUUUUACUGCAUGAAUAACGUCUUCAGUGCAUUCUUGUAUAAACAUUUCCAAGCAUUAGAACACAUCACCUAUUGCGACUUGCAAUGUGAUUUUUCAAAAAUUCAUAAAACCUAGGAGAAGAACUAUGUAAUUCAAUUGUUAACCAACCCGAUAAUUGGGAAUGGUAAAAAGAUUAUUGUAUGUGACAAAAAGAGAAACAGAUGAUACUCGGUAACGGACUCUUGUAAAGAAAAGUUGUUGAUUUUUUAGCAUUUUAAGAUUAUAAAUUUUGAUUAUGUGCAUUCAAAA